GGUGCUACAGGGGUCUCUGAAGCAGUCAGAGCCUCCAGCCAGGCUGGUGAUCACUGCAUUUGUGCACAAGAAUCAGCCUGGGCACAGCAGGAUCUGCUCAUCUCAAGGGCUGCCCCGAGGCCCCACCUGGAGAGCUCCAAAACAUUUCAGUCCCACAGUUAAUUUUGAAGGCACCCAGGAGAAUUUGUUGUCUCGAGGCUCUCUCUGUAACCAGUGGAGACAAGAGAACAUUUGGAGGCUGGGUGCUCCCAUCUGGCACACAAAACAAAAAUUACAAAUAUCUUCCUGGCACUUUUCUCUCACUCUGCAUUUGGGUUAUUUGAUAGCAACAGCAAUGAAGGACUGCAUGGGAACAGGUGCAUUUUGGUGCAGACAGGAGACAGCUCAGAUUGUGACACUCUGUGUGGAUCCAUAAUAAAUUCCAGUCCUCAUCUGGAGUACUCAAAAACCAAGUUAUACUUGGUCCCUAAUCUGCCCUCCUCAUUCCUUUCCUGACGAGCCAGAGAGGAAAAAGCUGUGGAAGAAAGCAGAGGCUUGCAAAAGAGAUACCUGGGAUUGCUUAUUUUGGAAUCAACAGAUCCUCAGGGACUCCUGGUCCAAAGGAUGAGCUGGAAUUCAGCAUGGGACCAGAAAAUGAAACAGCAGUUACUGAGUUCAUCCUAGAAGGUUUCCCAGAGCUGGAUCCAAGGCUGCAGGUAUUUUUCUCUCUGGUCCUUCUGCUCAUGUACCUGACAACAGUGAUGGGGAAUGCAACCAUCAUUUUCCUCGUGUGUGUGGAUCACCACCUGCAAACUCCCAUGUACUUUUUCAUCAGCAACCUGGCCUUCCUGGAAAUCUGGUUUACAUCCUCCACAAGCAUCAAACUGUUUGUGAUGCUGAGUUCUGGUCAGAACACUCUCUCACUAAGAAGCUGCUUUGCCCAAAACUAUUUCUAUUUUGCUAUGGGCUGCACAGAGUUCAUGCUGCUCGUUGUCAUGUCUUUUGACCGCUAUGUUGCCAUCUGCCAACCUUUGCUCUACGCUGCCAUCAUGAAGCCUCAGCUCUGUGUCCGCCUGGUUGUUGCUGCUUGGGUCCUCAGCUUUGCCCUGCUGAGCUACCGGCUGCUCUUCCUCUCUGAGCUGUCCUUCUGUGGCUCCAAGAUCCCCCAUUUCCUUUGUGACAACUCCCCCUUGUUCAAACUGUCCUGCUCUGACACCAGCCUGCUGUGGAAAAUAGACUCUGUCUUCAUAUCCUGUGUUGUGCUGGGUUCCUUGUGUUUGACUCUGGCAUUUUACAUCUGCAUCCUUUUCUGUGUUCUGCAUCUUCCUGCAGCCUCUGGGAGGAAGAAAGCUUUGACUACGUGUUCUUCCCAUCUCAUCACCUUAUCCAUUGCCUACGGGAGCUGCAUUGCUCUCUACACACGUCCUGCAGAAGCUGUUUCCUUGAGCACCAACAGAAUUGUAGCUCUGCUGAAUACAGUCCUGUACCCAUUCUUAAACCCCUUCAUCUACAGCCUUCGGAACAAACCUGUGAUCCUGGCCCUGAGCAAAUCCAUUGCAAGGGCAAGAACAAAGCUUUUCCCCUAACCAUAGUGCAUUUCUGGAAAGCCAUCCCAAGAAUCUGGUGUCAUCUGUUACACAAUAGCAGCGCCUGUGAGUGCAGCCUCCAAACAGGGCUGCCUCAGGUUAAGAGAUAAGAGACUCAUCUGCACACCCAAACAAGGCACCGACAAUGGCAGGAGGAGAAACUCAGUUCACUCUCUGCCCUGGCUGCUCCCAGGACCAUUUACUGGAGAGCCACCAGCUCAUUAAGGGCCAAUCUGCAUAACAGAGAAGAGUUCAGAAGAACAGUGGCAAGUGACAAUCCAAAUUACAGCUCCUGGGCAAAGGACACCUUGUCCAGCUCCUUCCUUGGGACAGCCAGCAGCCCCAGUGUCUAGGUUUGGAAUCGCAAAGUCACUGAGAGCAGGUGGGGAAGACUGGGGGGAAUUGAAAGGGACUGGGAACGAACUCAGGUGUAUUGGGACGGACAGGGCUGUACUGGGAGGGACAGGAGGGGGUGAAUGGGCUGCUCCCGCCUCCACCGCCUCCCAUUUGCCGAGGCUCCCGCCCAUCACCGCCUGCAGCCAUUGAGCGCCAGAGGCCGGGGCCCCGAGGGCGGUGCCUAGGGUGGGCGCCAUAUUUUCUGGUUUUGCCUACAACUCACAUCAUGCCCCGGGGCCCAAUUGAGCCCCACUGCAAUCGGGACUACAACGCCCGUCAUGCCCCGCGCUGCACAGCCCCCCCCCCGGGAUCCGCCCCAUCUGUCCCAUAAAUGUCCCCCAGACCUUCCAGGAUCCCUCAGCGCUCCCUCAGCGCCCAUUAGGGAGACCUCAAAAGCGUCUCCGGACCCCCCUGAGUGCUCCCAACCCCACAGAUGCCCGGUACAGCCACUUCUGGAAAUUCAUCUCCUCUCAUCCCCCGCGGCCCCAGAGCCCAUCAGAACACAGUCCCGCACCUAAAACUCCUGCCGUGCCCCACGGCCUAAAAAGCCCACUUAGAGCUCCCCGAGCUCCUCCCAAGGGCUCUCGAACCGUUUAAGUUCCCCCGAGGAUCUCAAGUCGAGGGUCGGACACAAAAGUGUCCUCUAAGAGCCUUCCCGAACCCCCAAACAUCGUGUUCCAGCCACUUCCGGGACUACAGCUCCCAUCAUGCUCCGCGGCGGAUGUCCAGCGCUAUCUUAGCCGGGACUUCAUCUCCCAUCAUGCUCCGCGUUCCACCGAGAGCCAUUGCAGCUGCGCUUUGAACUCCUGUGUUGCUCCGCGGCCCCUUUAAACUGUAUGAUACCCGCGCCUACAACUCCCAUCACCCCUCGCGCCCCAUAGAGCCCCGUUCGAACCCCCCCAAGGGCCCGCCCAGACCCCGAAGGGCCCCAAAUUCCCCUCCCUGACCUCCAAGGGCCCCCCUGGAGCCCAAAGUGCUGCCCCUGACCCCGAACUGUCCCUGAGAAUCCCUGAGUGCUCCUCCACGUGCCCACCCGGCUCCCCCAAGUGUCCUCCAAACCCUCAAGUUCUCUCUGAAUUCCCUCCCCAGACCCAAAAAUGCUCCGAAGGUGCUCCAGAAAUGUCACAGGGGACCGCAAAAUGCCGCCCCCGCCUUGACUCUGUAUUAUAAAAUGAUCUUUAAAAAGAUCAUUUAUA